AUGGGUGUAUUUAUUGUUGUACGUCUCAUAUUAUCCAAUCAUUUAUGUUCAAUUGCUUGUAAUGUGAUUGCAUUUGCUAUUUCUAGUUCACUCAUCUUCCAACUUAUCACACUUUAUGGCAAAAGUAUAGCAAAUCGAAAAAUGAUUCUAGAUAGAGGCUUACCAAUGGAUUGUAUGGGUUUCCUCUGGUUCAUUGGUCCAUUGUCGUCACAUUCGUGUUCUGAAUACUAUGAAGCUUUACAAAGCAAUAUUUUUUGGCAAUUGAAUGUUGUGUAUGUUUCUGGAACAUUACUUAAAGAUACACUAAUUUUGAUCACAUCAAUGUUUGGUGGAGCACUUGGUGAAUUUCUGCAAUCAUUUAUUAGUAAAUUUCAUUGGCUGCUUCAUAUACCUGUAUUUGUUGUAAUUUCACUUUGUAUUUUAUUGAGUCUUCUUGCUUCAUUUGGUUAUCGUUUUAAUUUCUUCUAUGGAUUAAUUCGAACUGAUUUCGACAAGCAGCAAAGAUGUGCUGAAAGAGUACCAUUUGAUGGCAGUACUAAGCAGUUAUCGAAUAAAAAAUUUGUUGAAUGCAAAACAGACGAAAUGAAAUCAUUAAUGCUAAUUAAUGAACUUUAUCAGAAAGCACAUGAUUAUAUCUCUAAGUAA